GCGUGAGUUUGCGCAUGCGCAGGCGAGCAGUCGUUUGACAGGCUGUUGUUUGUUGCUGACCGUCAGGAUUUCGUUAUUUCGCGUUAUGUCGCGACACGGGCGACACGCAGGUGAAACGAAGGUGUAUGUGGGUAACCUGGGCACCGGGGCAGGUAAGGGUGAGCUGGAGCGGGCGUUCGGUUAUUACGGGCCGCUGAGGACCGUGUGGAUCGCUCGCAAUCCUCCGGGAUUCGCCUUCGUGGAGUUCGAGGAUCCCAGAGAUGCUGAGGACGCUGUGCGUGGCCUCGAUGGCAAUGUGAUCUGCGGCUCUCGGACGCGCGUGGAGUUGUCCACCGGAAUGCCACGGCGUUCCCGAUACGAGCGUCCGCCGACCCGCCGGCCCUUCGACCCGAGCGACCGCUGCUACGAGUGCGGCGAGAAGGGCCACUACGCGUACGACUGCCACCGCUACAGCCGCCGGCGCCGGAGCAGGUCUCGAUCCCGUUCACACUCUCGCUCUCGGUCCAGAGGGAGGAGAUACGGGCGCUCCCGCAGCCGCAGCAGAGGGAGAAGGUCCAGGUCUUUCUCUCCUCGGCGUUCUCGCUCUGGUUCUCCCAGGCGCUCCAGGUCCGUGACGCCCAAACGCUCCAGGUCCAUAUCCCGCUCUCGCUCCCGAUCCGGCUCCGCUCCCAGGAACAGGUCUGGUUCAGUCGGGAGGUCCAAAUCCGGCUCUCCGGGCAGAAGUCGUUCGCCCUCCCGGAGCUCUGCCAGGAGUGAGAGUCCCGAGCGAGACUGAAGCUCCCGUUCUGGCGUGUGUGUGUGUGUGUUUGUUAUCCGGGCCUUCGGCUCGGUACCUAUUGCAGUACAGCUGAAGUAAUAAUUAAAAAUGCCCAGUUUGAUUGUAAGGAAGCUGUUGUGUGAGGAGCAGAAUAUUCUGAGUUUAUUUUUCUGAUUUAUUCGUCUGAUUUUCGACAUGUUUUGUUGUGCGGUUCAUGUGUUCCUGCAUCAGUUUGAGUUUUGUAUGCAUAAUAAAUAAAGUUGAAGCACUUUCCCUCUC